AUCACAGAGCACAACAGUUUGCGAAAAAUUCGUGUGAAAGUUGGAAUUGAUUUACAAAUUUUGCAGUUUAAGAAAGUGCCAAUUGAAGUUUAUCAACUGCGCUGCCUGUGCCAAGUUAUGCAUUAGUGUGCUCAUUAUAUUUGUCGGCUCUGGUGCCUGUGUUGUGCGUGGAAAAGUUGCCAAGACAGCUGGAAUUUGGAGUUUCGUCCGUUUUGUCUCAUUGGACAUUUUUCCUCCUACGCUGAAGCAGAUACGUCGACGACACCGAUAAACGAGCUGCAGCAGCAAGUGGCAAGCGGCAAGCGAGGGGAGCGCGAGGUCUGAGCCAUCAGUUUGUUUAGUUAAGUGUAUAUAAAUAAACAAACAGAUUGGCAUUGUGACAGAAAGACAACGGGCGUGGCUAGCUUAUACCAAAAGUAAUACGAGCGCUGGAGUCAGCAACAAGUUGGUGGCUAUGGAAGAGGUAACGCUGACGGAGGCCGAAACACGUUUCUAUAGCGAACUGUUCCAAUGCUGCGAUGUCGAGAAUACCGGCAAAGUUCCCAUGCUGAAAGCGACGGAGCUUUAUCGAUCAGCGGACAUUGCCAACGAGACAGUGAUUGAGAUCACCGCCUUGGCUGGCAUACCCGCAACCGCUUUGCACAUCUCACGUGCCCAGUUUUAUUCAUGUCUCAAGCUGAUUGCGGCUCAUCAGGCCGCAAUGCCGUUGCGUCAGGAGCUGAUAGCCGCCACUGUGCCAUUGCCUUUGCCACAUUUCAGCUGGAAAGAUUCUGCUACGGCUCCAGCGGUCACUUGCGAAAAUGGAUUGGGUGCACUUCCUCCGCCGCCACCAACAGAUCGUCGUAACUCACUGCGUCGCAACUCUCAGCAGCAACAUCAUCAACAACAACUAGAGCAUUUGCAGGACACCUUAGAUGUACCCAGCACUGAUUCCGAAGUGGAGCCAAACGAAUCCAGCUGUGGCGGUGAUUUUGAUGAGCUGGCCACAGCUGAUGCUGUUGUUGUCAGCAGCAGCAGCAGCCGCGAAACUCGUCGACGUGGCGCUGGCGACUCACCGGAAGCAUGGAGCACAAAUAGUGACAGUCCAACUCCCACCAACAGCGUGGCGGAACGGCCUUGGGCACAGGAUACGUUGUGGCAGGGACUUCUCGGUGAUGAGCAUCGACAGCUGCUGGGCACCGAGGAGGAAUCUUCGGAUCGUCACAGCAGUGACGAUGAAGACAACGAAAACGAGCUGAUCACUCUAUAUCAAAUAACACCCGAGCAGCGAGAGUACUACAAUAAACAGUUCCGAACUGUGCAGCGUGAUCCUCACGGUCUGCUAUCUGGUCAGGCAGCGCGCAUCUUCUUUGAGAAGAGCCGCAUUCCUGUCGAAGAGCUGCGUCACAUUUGGCAACUGUGCGACGUGACACGCGACGGUGCACUGAGUCUAUCCGAAUUCACAGCUGCCAUGCAUUUGGUUGUGCUGCGUCGCAAUAAUAUACCAUUACCAAGCAGCUUGCCACAUUGUCUACAUCCCAGUGUGCUGGAAACAUCAUCGACAUCAUCGUCGUCAUCAACGGCGCACAUACCUCAAGAGCCGCCUGAGGCUGAUCUCCUGCAUUUGAAUGAUGAUGACGAUGAUGAGCAUACGGACAAUACAAUCAUUAGUAGCACACAAGCUAAACCACGUCCCGUACCCGUACCCCUACCCAAUGAUAAGAACAUUAUGAAUCUUAGCAGCAUCUCCACAUCCUCUCAAGUAAGCAACAGCAGCUCGAGGCGUGAGGUGACAACGACGCCAUCUGCGCUUAAAAAUUGCAACAUUUCCAAUUCACCGAAUGUGGAAAAACCAACAACAUCAACAAUAGCAGCUACAUCAACCGGAGCAGCUACAGCAGCAACGGCUGCCUCCAAUGAUGCCAGUCAGUGGACCAAGUUUAGCGAAUCUCCCACAACGACAUCGACAGCAACUACAGCUGCUGAAUCAACAGCCGCAGCCGCCGCCACUGCAGUCGCUGUUCCUGCCGUUUCUAGUCCCGGUCUCAAACCCGCGUUGUUUGAUAUGAAACGCACUGCCCAGGAUGUCGGCUCCAAUCCUCAAAUCUUGCAUCCCGUGCCUCUACGUGUGACGCCCAUAGGCACAGCUAUCGCUGCCUCCGGUGAUCAAGCCGGAAACAAUAAUGACAUGGAUAUUGUUGUUGUGCUGCGCGAGGAGAGCCCAAAACCAAUGGGAACAACAACCACAACAAACAAUCACAACAAUCAAACGACAGCGCAUCGCGAUCGCGACUCCAUCUCUAUGCAGAGCAGCGAUCUUCGCGCCAUACAGCGUCCUCAGGCUAAGAAGCUGCCAGCUAAAAACAUUGGCGCAUUGCCGCCGCCACCGCAACGUGAGCCGAGUAUUUGUUCUAUUGGUGCCAAUGAGCCAUCAGAUCAGGCAACCCCAUUGCCAGUUGUCUAUUCAACGACAACGUCGUCUGUCAAAAAGGAACCACCACCUUUGCCGCCUCCAAGACCCCAUCGACAUACGCGCAGCAGCAGUUUGGAUUUAAAUAAAUUCAAAAUGGGCACAGCGGGUACCCAGCAACCAGAGAUAAUCGCGCAAGCCAGCUUCGAUAUGCAAACCUCAAUGGGUUUUGCCGAUUUCACGCACUUUGCCGACGACGCGAACAUUUUGGAUGCCAGCAGCAGCAGCGCCAAUGCAACUGCCACAGCUGCCAUUGCCAUUGCCGAACAUCAACAGCAUUCACUGCCGCCGGUUCCACCACCGCCUGCUUUUGUGCCGCCUACACGCAUCUCUCUGCAGACGCAACAGCAACGCAUCUCAGCUUUUGAGGUUUAUCGUAAGCCACAGACCCCAGCACCGGCUGCAACUGGAGGAACAGCAGCUGUGUCCACCGUUGCAUCGCAACUGCCCAGCGCGGAGAACUUUGAGAAGCGAGUAACGGCCAUCAGUGACUCGUUGCGCCAUGUAUCCUUCAAGCAGAAUCAAUCCAGCACCACAGAGUUGCUGCAACGGCUGCGGGAGCAGAACAAUUCACUCUUGCAUCUGUGCAAUGAUCUCAGCGACGAGCUGCUCAGCGUGCAGACACGCAAGGAGGAGAUGCGUCUCAAAUUGGAGAGUUUUGCGGCAGCUGGAGCAGGAGCAGCUUACGAUGGUGCUGCAAUGCGCACCGACUCCUCGACAUCGGCGCCAGUGACGGCCAAUAUAACUGGCGGAUCAUCCGGUUCCGGCGGUGCCUAUACAAAUGUUUAAAGCAGCGUUUAUAUUUGUUGUUUCUGUUAGUUGCAUUCACACGCAUAUAUGAGAAUGAAGAUGCAAUAUUUUUUGCACGCUGCUUAAAAGUUUUGCUUAUUUAAUUGUAGGCUAGUUAAAUCUCAAUUAACAAGUAAAUUGUCAUGCAAACAACAAUAACAAUAACAAUAGUGCCGCCUCUACAUACAAAAAUACAUAUUUAUGCAGAUCAAUUUAUGUAUACUUCUAUUUAACACACACAGAGCUAAUUAAACUAAUUGUUAAAGGUAAAUUGUUGAUUUGUUUAAAAACAAAAUGAAGCAUGUCUCACACACCCACUCUUUAAAAUUUAGGUGACCACAAAGUGGCACCUGCAACUGCAAAAGGCACAUUUCAUUGCUUAUUUGCAUUUCUUUGCCUAUUAAACUAAAAAAGUCACAUUUCAAUCUCUGCUAUAUUACACUUAAUUUGCCCACAGGCAUUAAAUCGCUAUUUCUUAAUUAUUAUUUUAUAUAACUCGAAACCUGGUUCCAUUUGGAAAACAAGUCGACCUUCUCAUUCAUUCCGGCAAUGAAAACAAAAUUAUAAUGUAUAAUGUGCUAAUUAAAAUUGUAACGCUAUUAAGCCAGGCUUAAAUGUUUAAGUAUUAGAAAGUGAAACUAAAUACAACAACAAAACAUGAAACCAAUAUAAUUUCAUUGAAAGCUUAGCUUAAGUUGAGUUCUAUUUCCAAAAUCUAUUUUUUAUGUAUACACAAAUUGAUAUUAUGUAUAUUUAUCAAUUUUCUUAAGGCAUUUGUAAAAAGAUACAAAGCAAAUGAAAAACUAAUUAUAUAUUUAAUUUACCGGACCAGAAGUAUGCUACCUUCGAAUUUAUAUGAUGAUAUACCACCAUUUAUCAUCUACUGAAUAUGCGUGCGCAUUUUCUUUUGCAUACUUAAACUAUUUAAUACAUAAAUAUAUAUUAUAUUUUCUUUCAUUAAACAAAAUAAAUGUUCAACUUGUUAAACAUUUUCAAAGAUUUACAACUAAAAACUAAAUGCAGAAAAUGAAAAAGAAAAGAAAAAAAUACAAAAGUGAUAUUAAGCACUAUGUAAACAUAUUGUUACGUUGCAGCGUAAUAAAUGCGUAUUGUUUAGAGGGAUAUAUAUGAAUAAAUAAAGUAAAUGUAUUAAGUUGAUGUUACAAAUGCUAAAUGCAAUAAAUGUAUGAUG